GGCAUUAGUUGCUGCAUCCGAUGUCAACAUAACAUUCCAACAUGGCGGCCUCCAUAGGAAAACAUCCGUGCCGACUUUUGUGGAGGACAAUCCUCUCAAACGGCAUUCGUAAAACCCUAGUGCAAAGAGGUUUGAGUUCCUGCCAGUUGUUCAUUGAGGAAUGCGGGGAUCCGAAUGAGGUUCUGAAGAAUGCUUCUAUCGAAAUUGCUUCUCCACUUGCAUCACGCGAGGUUCUUGUGAAGAUGAUGAUGUCGCCAAUCAAUCCAUCAGACAUAAACAUGAUUGAGGGGACGUAUUUUGUUCAACCUCCACUCCCCGCUGUUAUGGGAAACGAAGGGGUAGGAAAAAUCGCUGGUGUUGGGAAGGAUGUCAGAGGGCUCAGUGAAGGGGACUGGAUAAUACCUGCAGAUACAGCUUGGGGUACUUGGCGGAAUUACAAAGUUGCACUUGAAGAAGAUGUUAUCAAGAUACCGAAUGACAUCCCUCUGCUGUCUGCUGCAACUCUUUCUGUGAACCCCUGUACUGCAUAUCGUAUGCUAAAAGACUAUGUGGACUUGAAAAGUGGUGAUGUUGUCAUUCAAAAUGGUGCAAACAGUGGAGUAGGUAUCAAUGUCAUUCAGUUGGCCAAAGAGUGGAAUUUUAAGACUGUUAAUAUUGUUCGAGAUCGUCCUGACUUUGAAAGACUGAAAAAGUAUCUAAUGUCUUUAGGUGCUGAUUAUGUGGUGACAGAGGAGUUUGUGCGAAAACCAGAAAUGAAAAAGUUAAUGAAAGACUUGGGCAGUAAGCCCAAAUUGGCUUUCAAUGGUGUUGGAGGAAACUCGGCUACAGAGCUGAUCCGUUAUUUGGGACAGGGUGGAGUAAUGGUCACAUAUGGCGGGAUGUCUCGAAGACCAGUGAUGGCGCCAACAGGUGCCCUGAUCUUCAAAGAAAUCAAACUCUGUGGAUAUUGGAACACUCAGUGGAAUCAUCGUCACGCAGACGAUCUCUUGAGGUUCGAAAUGUUAGCAGACUUGUGCAGUCUCAUAAAGAAGGGAAAACUUUCCCCUCCACCUUGUGAAUUCUACGCUUUGGAAGAGUAUAAAGGUGCUAUUAGACAGGCUACUGAGGGCUUCAAGGGAGGAAAGAUGGUUUUUCAGAUGGAAUAAGUCAAUACAACUUUUAUAAAAAAUGAUGACUCAUCAUUGCAUACUUGAAGCAAUCACGAUCUGUUACUCGAUCAAAAUGAAUGCAUAAUUAUAAAAGCCCUUGGGAAGUUAGUGAAAGUAUCAUGACCAUUUUUCUCAGAGAAUGAUAUUGAGAAUCAAAAAGUAUUGUACCAAGCCAUCGUCUUAUUUAUAAUGGAGUUUAAUCCCUUGGAGUUUAUAUUUUUUUCAGUCUUGAAAACUGGUUAUAAAUAAAUACCAUGAUAAUUUUUUGGGUUAAUUUAAUCCCAAACAUUAUUUCACUGAUGGUGUAAUUGGAUUUAUUUUUUUUUGUGGUAAAGGUUGCUGUAACCAUGAUCUUGAGUCAGUAAUUUUAUGUGUUCAGAGCCACUAGAUAUUAUUUUAUAUUACUACGGUACUUCUGAUUUUCGUGACUAUUUUAUUGCACUUUUCAUCAAGGUCUUGGCCAGAUGGUGAUACAUGACAUUGUACUGCAGGUAUUGCUUUACAUUUUUACAAACUGAAUUUAGUUAAAAAAUCAUUUCUUUGUAAAAACCCUAGUCACAGUUCAGUUUACCAAGUUCAGCUCAGCUCAUAUUCAGAGUCUGAGUGUCUGCUUGUUAGUUUUUACUUGGUAAGCUGAUAACUUUUAUUUGAUCUGGUGCAUAAAUUUAUGUGAAUUCAUCGAAUGACAUAUAUACGAUAUACAGUGGAACUCGGAUUCAACGAGAACUCGGAUUCAACGAAAGGAGAUGGAUUCCCCGUAUUUUUUGUUCUUUAAAAUAAAAAAAAUCCCGGAUUCAACGAGCACUUAAAUCAGCAAGCUCAGAUUCAACAAGGUCGUUUCCACGGUGAACAGCCCCCGCAGACGUGGCUUCGCUCAUUUUUCUCCCACCAGUAACUUUGUCUAUUCCCGGAAACCAUCCAAUGCACCUGCAUCGUGAACCUUUUUUAGGCUAUUCACUUUGCCGAUUGCAUGCGACCAAUCAGCGGCCUUUUUUCAUAAAGGCAUAUAUGCGUUGUUGGCACGCACCUGUCAAGUCUAGCAUGUAUCGAGGUCGGAUGGGCGGCCUGCACACGUGUGACCGUGUGUCGGGGGGUGGGUGGAGGGGGGGGUCACCAUCGG